UCAAUAUUAGUGACAUCUGCGACCCCGUUGCGCGCGCUACAACCAACCUUGCUAAAGAAGGGUAAAAAAAAAAGGAAAGGGGCGUGUUCACGGGAAGCAACAGCCAAUCGGAACUGCGAACGGCAAAACCCGGCUUCUCUAAACACCAAUAGCGGAGUUGGCUGGGACGACGGAAGGCGUGGCCGGGCGCUCGGCGUAUUCAUGGUUGUGUGCGGUACGGUGAGGAGGAGGAGGGAGCCGGCGGCGGAAGGGAAUCUCCCGCCAUUUUUCAAUCCCUUCUUUUCUUGUGUGUGUACGGGGCCAGGGCGGGAAACCGGAGGGGGCUGUCCGUGGUAGGCACGCGUCUUCCUUUACAGCUACGUCAUCGGCAGCUGCGGACGAGGGCCGUCGUUUUCUCUGUCCCUUCGAGCUGCGUUCGGGAUGGCGCCGCUGCUGGGCCGCAAGCCUUUCUCGCUGGUCAAGCCGCUGAGCGAUCCGCCCGCCGAGGGAGAGGACGUGUUCGUCAUAGAGCACACCAAGGAGGCGUUCAAGAACCAAGAAGAAUAUGAAGGGCGCUUGCAGCAUUACGCAGAGCGGGUAUGGACAUGCAAAAGUACAGGAAGCAAUCAGCUAACUCACAAGGAGGCGUGGGAUGAAGAACAGGAAGUGGCAGAACUGCUGAAAGAAGAGUUUCCCAUGUGGUAUGAGAAGCCGGUCCUGGAGUCGGUUCAUCAUAACACUCUGUCUUUGGACAAGCUGGUUGACCAGUCCUGGAUGGAGAUAAUGACAAAAUACGCCGUUGAUGAAGAGUGUGACGUUGAGGUUGGCCCGGAGAAAUACUUGCGUGGUAAAAUAGUCAAAAUUCAUCCUCUUGAACAAGAUGAGACUGGAGCAGAAAAGAAGUCUGGGUCUUGUGAUUCUCCAUCCAGUGACAAGGAAAACGCCAGCCAAGUGGUAGAAGAUGAACAGAUGAAGGAAGAGACUACCCGCCUAGACAGCUUAAGUGCUCUAAGAGAAAGUGACAGAGCACGACGUUCACCCCGUAAACUACCUGCCAGUUUAAAAAAAGAAGAGAAAAAAUGGGCUCCACCUAAAUUUCUAGCACACAAAUAUGAUGUUAAAUUGCUAAAUGAAGACAAGGUCAUCAGCAUGGUUCCUGUGGAAAGUCUGUAUCGCUCAGAGCGCCCUCCCAAUAAAGAGAUACUUCGUUACUUUAUUCGUCAUAAUUCUUUGCGGAUAGGCACAGGGGAGAAUGCACCAUGGGUUGUUGAGGAUGAUUUGGUUAAGAAGUACUCCUUGCCCAGCAAGUUCAGUGACUUUUUACUGGAUCCACAUAAAUACAUGACUUCAAAUCCAACGCCACCAACAAAGAGGAAAAGUACAGGAUCUACAGAUCAGAAACCAAAAAAAUCCAAGACUGAUGGGGACAAAUCUGUUCAAAAAGGCAAGAAAUCACCCCUCAGCCCGAGUGUGUUUAGCCAGCUAAACCUCAAAAAAAUUAUGCAAGGUUCACCUUUGAAACUGAAAGACUUGGAAGGAAAAUGCUCACCAGAGGAUCUGCAAAAGUUAAUGAAACUCAUGAGUUCUAAACUUAAUGCUAACAAGAAGGGUGCUUCAACAGGAAAAAAGAAAAGUGGAAAGUCUCAGGUAAUCAAUGGACAGAAAGUGUCUGGUAAAGUUCGCUCCCCUAAAAAGAUACUGAAAAAUUCAAAACUAAAGCAGAUGACAUUGCUGGAUAUGGCUAAGGCUUCCCCUAAAGCAUCUCGACCUAGGAGUACCUCAUCUACUCCCAAAUCGGCUAGCAAGCCAAAUAAAAGGCUUCCACCUGCUGCAUUGCAUUUGAUUUCUUACUACCGUGAGAACAAGGACCGCGAAGACCGUAAGAGUCCUCUAUCGGCUCUUAUCUCUAAAGUGGCAAGGCUUCUUACUGAUGAUGAACGUAGUAGACUGCCUGAUGAACUGAAAGACCUGGUACAAAAGCGUUAUGAGCAUUUGGAGGAGCGUAAGCGCUGGGCUAUGAUGACUCAAGCAGAGAAGGUGGAGCACAUGAGGAAGAAGAGGGAGGUAUUAAGAGAACGGCUUAAAGAAAAGGCUCGGGAACGAAAGCAGAAAGAGAAGCAGGAACGUUUAGAGAAGCAAAAGAGAUUCGAGGACCAGGAUGUGGCUGGCAAGAAUUUGCCAACUUUCAAGUUGGUGGACACUCCAGAGGGGCUACCAAAUGCUUUGUUUGGUGAUGUAGCAAUGGUUGUAGAGUUUCUCAGUUGUUACGCUGACCUGCUACUUCCAGAUGGUCAGUACCCAGUAACUGCAGUUUCUCUUAUGGAAGCCCUUGCUGCUGAAAAGGGUGGCUUUCUAUACCUUAACAGAGUGCUUGUUGUGCUGCUACAAACCCUCUUACAGGAUGAGAUUGCAGAGGACUAUGGUGAGCUUGGGAUGAAGCUGUCAGAGAUUCCACUCACAAUGCAUUCUGCUUCAGAGCUUGUUCGUUUGUGCCUCAGAAAAUCUGAUGCCCCUGGAGAAAGUGACAGUACGGAGAAGGGGGAUGACGAAAGCGAGGGUUCUGCGGUUUUCCAGGAUGACGAGGUGCAAGAUGAAUUUCUGGAGAAAUUGGAAACGACAGAGUUUUUUGAAUUGACUACUGAGGAAAAGCUUCACAUCCUCACUGCUCUUUGUCACCGCAUCCUUAUGACUUACUCGGUACAGGACCAUGUUGAUGACAAGCAGCAUGCAUCAGGUGAGCUCUGGAAGGAGAGAUUAGCCAUGCUGAAAGAAGAAAAUGAUAAAAAGCGGGCAGCGAAACAAAAAAGGAAGGAACUGGAGGCCAAGGGUAAAGAGGAAGGAGUAGUUCCCAAGCAGCCCUCUAAGAAAGUUGAAAAAGGAAACAAAACCGAUCCAGCACCAACAGAGGAAGGAGUAGUUCCCAAGCAGCCCUCUAAGAAAGUUGAAAAAGGAAACAAAACCGAUCCAGCACCAACAGAGCAGGAACCUGAGGACAUGAUCAGUGCUGUGAAAAGUAGGAGGCUGCAGGCUAUGCAAGCUAAAAGGGAAAAGGAGGAAAAUGAAAAACUUACGAAAGAAAGAUUCCAAAAAGAGGCAGAGGAGGAGAGACUGCGCAAGCAUAAAGCUUCUGCAGAGAAAGCUUUCCAUGAAGGGAUUGCAAAAGCAAAGCAAGUGCUGAGAAGAUCGCCCAUUGGCACAGACCGAAAUCACAACAGGUAUUGGCUGUUUUCUGAUGGUGUUCCUGGACUGUUCAUUGAGAAGGGCUGGGUACAUGACUGUAUAAAUUACAGCUUCAGCCUUCCUAAGGAAGAGGAUGAAGAAGAACCUGAUGAGGGUAACAUAGAGAGUGAAGAUGCAGACAGCAGUGUUGGUGGCCCAGAGGAUUCCAUACAGAAAAAGGAGAAAGUGGUGGAGAGCACAGUGCCUAAACAAGGGCAGAAUCUCUGGUUCAUAUGUGAUGCACAAAAGGAGUUGGAUGAGCUUCUGGACUCGCUACAUCCUCAGGGCUUUAGGGAGAACCAACUAAAGGAGAGACUACAGAAAAGAUAUCAAGACAUCUUGCAUUCCAUCCACCUCGCUCGCAAGCAGAACCUGGGUCUAAAGACAUGUGAUGGACACCAGGAGUUGCUGAAUUUCUUGAGGAGCGAUAUUGUUGAGGUUGCCAUGCGACUGCAGAAGGGAGGCUUGGGUUAUCUGGAUGAUGCAACAGAAUUUGAAGCCAGGGUUCGUUCCUUGGAGAAUCUAAAAGAUUUUGGCGAGUGUAUUGUAUUUCUCCAAGCUGCUGUCAUUAAGAAGUUCCUACAAGGUUUUAUGGCUCCAAAGCAGAAAAAGCGUAAACCUCAAUCAGAGGAGGCAGCGGCCAAAGCUGAAGAGCAGGAUGAGGAGAAGAAGAUGGCAGAGGAAGCCAAGAUUGCCUCAGCAGUAGAAAAAUGGAAGACUGCCAUCGGAGAGGCCCAAACAUUGUCUCGUAUGCAUGUGCUUUUGGGUAUGCUAGAUGCUUGCAUUAAGUGGGAUAUGUCGUCAGAAAAUGCCCGUUGCAAAGUAUGUCGCAAGAAAGGUGAAGAUGACAAGCUGAUCCUCUGUGAUGAGUGUAACAAGGCAUUCCAUCUGUUCUGUCUGCGGCCAGUACUCUUAAACAUACCAGAUGGUGAAUGGAUGUGUCCGGCUUGUCAGCCAGCAACUCUUAGGCGCAGUUCACGGGGCAGGAAUUAUGCUGAAGAAUCCAGCCAUGAUGAUGAAGAGGAGGAGGAAGAGGAAGAAGAUGAUGAUGAUGAAAAUGACGAUGAGUCAGGAAGUGACAAUGAGUAUGGAGGAAGGAUCAAAUUGCGUUCUUACAAAGCAGCUAAAAAAAAGGCGGGCAAAGUUCGGACAGGUACACGUGGGCGCCCACCAACCAAGAAUCAAUCCUCGCGAUCGUCCAGACAGCAAGCACCGCCAGAAAAUGAAGCGGAUGUGGAGGAGGUGAUACGUCGGAGUAAGCCAGCUUCUCGGCGCCAGAACCAAGAGCUCCAAAAGUGUGAAGAGAUUUUAUGUAAACUCAUAAAGUACCGUUUCAGCUGGCCAUUCAGGGAGCCGGUCAAUACAGAUGAGGAUGAAAACUAUUUGAAAGUGAUAACAACCCCUAUGGACUUCCAGACCAUGCAAAGCAAGUGUUCCUGUGGCAGCUAUCAGACAGUUGAGGAGUUCGUAAUUGACCUGAAGCUUGUAUUUGGAAAUGCUGAGCUAUACCACGAGUCAGAAUCCCAGCAAUUAUCCUGUUUAGAGAAAACGGAGCAGUGUGCACGGGACCUCCUCAUUAAACACCUUCCAGGACACGUGUACCAGAGAAGACAUCGUAAGCGUCAGGCUCCUGAACCGGAACCGGAAAGCAAUGGCAGGGGACGUAAACGAAAGAAAUUAGCGAAUGAAUAAAAAGGAGGAUGGGAGACAGGGGUUUGAGAGAGGUCAUGGGGACAGAACUGGAAGUUUACCCUUAUGUUAGAGACCAAACAUGCUUUAUCAGGAUUAUAUCAAUGUUGACUGAGAGGUCCCUUAAAUAUUUGGACGUGUGGCUGUUUUUUUUUUUUUUUUUCUUUUUUUUUUUCCCCCCCUUCCCAAUUCCGUGUUUUUUUAUUUUUAUUUUCCCCCCACAUUGGAUGUGUGCUGCAGCCAAGAGUACAUUGGUUAGUGUAGUAUUUAUUAAAUUAGCGUGAUUCUACUACACAACUGCUGCCCAAUGAUUUAGUGGUGGUAAUGCUGCGCACACUCCUGUCAAGGCACUUAAUGGUGUUCAGCCAGGGAAGGACUUAAAGUGACAUUCAGUGUUGUGGACUCUACAAGAAGUGACCUCUGAAACUUCUGCACCACUGGCAGAGUUUAUAAAGUCCACUCUCCAGGACUUAAGAAGAAUUAUGUUUUAAGGGAUGUCAGAAAUCCUGCACCCUAUUGUGUUUAGAAGAUAUAUUUCAACUGCUCCUUUAAAUGUGCCCCAAAUGCAUAAACACAACAGGGAGGUACCUCUGAAGCUGGAAUAAAACCUUAAAAAGAAGAAAAAAAAACCUCACCAGCACCUCCAACUUUGCCUGCCUCUAUACAAAUGCUACCAGCAAGGACUGACAGAAUGGAAGAUGACCUAUGAUCCCUUCCCUCAAAGAAGGAUUUUCCUUUUUAUUUUUAAAAUCUUCCUCUCUGCCGACACAGGUAUCCAACCGUCACUUUUUUUGUGCAUUUUUUUGUACUGACUUUUUCCCUUUUUCUAGGUAUUAAAUGUUUGCUUGUGAUCUUGUAUAAAGGGAGACUUUGUCUGGGUUUGGCACAUGUACAGUACAAUUUAUAUGAAACAAGUGUUUGCCUUUAUUAUUAUUAAAACAGAAGGAACCACA